ACCAAACUAAUAAUGAAAUUGUUGCGAGUUGUAAUUUCAAUAUAAAAACAAAUCAGAACCGCACAUUCUUGGGAAGGCUGAACGCAAUUUUGAUGCGCCGGAAUCUUCCCCUUUAAUUCAGCCAACUCCUCCGCCAUGUCGCCAUUAUCGGCAUAACAUAACAGCGGGAGUCGAGUAGCCCUACCAUCCUCUGUGUCCUCGUCUGUCCGCCGCGUCACCAUCAAGCGUCUCCCCCUGCCAUGCCCCGCGUCAACUCGCUGCUGCCUGCCCUGCUGUUCGUCCUCUUCUCGGGCCUGAGCCGGGGUUACUUCCCCGAGGAGCGCUGGAGCCCAGAGUCUCCGCUGCUCGCUCCGCGGGUCGUUGUCGCGCUCAUCUGCCGCAACUCCGCACACUCUUUGCCGCUGUUUCUUGGAGCCAUCGAACGUCUCCGCUACCCCAAGGACCGUAUAGCUUUAUGGGUGGCGACAGAUCACAACAUAGAUAACACCACUGCCGUCCUUCGAGAUUGGCUCAUCAAAGUUCAGAAUGACUAUCACUAUGUGGAGUGGAGACCUGAUGAUGGAUCCAGCGCCUUCGUGGACGAGGUGGGACCCAAACACUGGAAUAAUCUUCGAUAUGAACAUGUGAUGAAGCUUCGUCAGGGGGCUUUGGACACAGCUCGUGAGAUCUGGGCCGACUACCUCCUGGUGGCAGACUGUGACAACCUGCUCACCAACCAAGAUGUCUUGUGGAAACUGAUGAGGGAAAACAAGACCAUUGUUGCUCCAAUGUUGGAAUCCAGAGCUGCCUACUCCAACUUCUGGUGCGGAAUGACUUCACAGGGAUACUACAAGCGAACACCAGCCUACAUACCCAUCAGAAAGCAGGAGCGUCGGGGUUGCUUUGCUGUACCCAUGGUUCACUCGACAUACCUGGUGGACCUACGGAAGGAAUCCUCUCGUCAGCUGGCUUUUUACCCGCCACACCCGGAGUACAGCUGGUCCCUCGAUGAUGUCAUUGUUUUUGCCUACUCUGCUCGCAUGGCGGACGUCCAGAUGUAUGUGUGCAACAAAGAAACCUAUGGAUAUUUUCCUGUGCCGAUGCGUUCCCAUGCUACUUUGCUGGAUGAGGCGGAGAGCUUCUUGCACACUCAGCUUGAGAUCAUGGUGAAAAAUCCUCCACUGGAGUAUUCCAGCUUCCUGUCUCUUCCUCCCAAGCAGCCAAACAAGAUGGGCUUUGAUGAGAUCUUCAUGAUAAAUCUGGUGCGGAGAUCCGACCGGCGCGAGCGCAUGCUAAGAACGUUACACGAGAUGGAGCUCAGCUGUAAGGUUAUUGCCGCUGUGGAUGGCAAGGCUCUGAAUAAUAGUGACAUAGCGUCAAUGGGGAUUAGUAUGCUGCCUGGGUACAAAGACCCCUACCACGGUCGACCUCUCACCAAGGGUGAACUGGGUUGUUUCCUCUCUCAUUACAACAUCUGGAAAGAGAUAGUGGAUCGUGGUCUGCACACAUCCUUGGUCAUUGAAGACGAUCUGCGCUUUGAGGUGUUUUUCAAACGCCGUCUCCAGACAUUGCUCCAGGAAGUGACGGCACACAAGCUGGACUGGGAUCUCAUUUACAUCGGACGGAAACGGAUGCAGGUGGAUCAUCCGGAGAAGUCAGUACCCAACAUUCACAAUCUGGUGGAGGCGGACUAUUCCUACUGGACUUUAGGCUACCUGCUGUCCUUGCAAGGAGCCAAGAAACUCCUCAGGGCUGAGCCUCUGAAAAGGAUGCUUCCUGUCGAUGAGUUCCUUCCUGUCAUGUAUGACAAACAUCCUGUCUUAGACUACAUGGACCACUUUGAAGAUCGGAAUCUUCGGGCAUUCUCCGCGGAGCCGCUUCUUGUGUAUCCCACUCAUUACACCGGGGAUGCGGGCUAUAUAAGUGAUACAGAGACUUCUGUAGUAUGGAACAACGACACAACCAAGACCGACUGGGAUCGAGCCAAGUCCAGGAAAACACAGGAGCAAGUGGAGCUGAGUCUUGAGGCCCAGAACUCUGAUGUGCUCCAGUCUGAUCUGGAGAACUGGAGUGCUCGGGAUGAGCUCUGAGGCCUUCAGAGGGAACUUCGCGUACACACUGAGAAGGUUGACGUACUGUACAGUAGAACAAAGCUGUGAUAGUGGAAGGAAUGAAGAAGAGAUAUAAGGGAGGCUUAGUGGACGGACACAGGUCAAGUGAGAAUUGAACAUGUGUCUCUCGCCACCAUUUGAUCUUUCUCUUAAAGGAGGAGGUUGGAUAUAAAGGCAAAUUAACUCUUGAAGAGUCACUUAGCAGCUUUUGUUUUAUUUAUUGCCCCCUGACGCCCCCCCUUGGUCCAUAUGUGACGAGACUGAAACGAUUAAUCGCUGACUAAUCCCAUUAACUUUUCAUUCAUUCAUUCAUUCAUUCAUUCAUUCAUUUUCUACCGCUUUUCCUCACGAGGGUCGCGGGGGUGCUGGAGCCUAUCCCAGCUGUCUUUGAGCAGGAGGCAGGGUACACCCUGGACUGGUUGCCAGCCAAUCACAGGGCACAUAUAGACAAACAACCAUUCACACUCACAUUCAUACCUAUGGACAAUUUGGAGUCGCCAAUUAACCUUUCAAAUAAAUACAAAUAUUAAUUUGAUAUUGUAAAAUUUCCUUUAAAAAAAAAGUCCGAGAUAACAUCUUUUAAUUUGGUUUUAGUUGAGGACUCAAAUUCAUUAAAAAAAAGUGUAGAAUUAGUUGUUUCCCGGGAAAAAAAACAAAACAUUGAUUCAUUGACGCUUGGUACUUUUUUGACAGCCUUGUUUGGGAGCCAUUUUUUUUUUCUUCUUAACAGUGUGUUAUUUAUUAUACUUUUUUUUUUAACAUGAUACAACAUUUUUCCACUCAUGAAUGUAUGUGUGUCGUUUUCUUAUACUCAAUUCUAACAACACAACUACUAUAUGUACUUUAAUUUUUUCUCACCAUUGCUUUUAUUGAAGCCCAACCUGCAGGUUGUGAUGCAUUUAGUUUGGCUUAUUAAUUCUUUGUUUACAAAUUGAUCAGUUUUAGAGAAAUAAUAAAACAUUUUAUAGAGAAAUAAUGGUGUCCUUGUGGUUUUAAUAAUGUCAUUUGUGCAGUCCCUGGACUGGUCGCCAGCCAAUCACAGGGCACAUAUAGACAAACAACCAUUCACACUCACAUUCAUACCUAUGGUACAAUUUGGAGUCGCCAUUAGCCUUUCAUUCAUUCAUUCAUUUUCUACCGCUUUUUUCCUCACGAGGGUCGCGGGGGUGCUGGAGCCUAUCCUAUGUGUGUCGUUUUCUUAUACGCAAUUCUAACAACACAACUACAGUAAACCUCGGAUAUAUCGGACUCGGAUAUAUCGGAAAUUCGCUCACAACGGACAGAUAAAAAAGAACCGAUUUUUCUGUAAUGCAUUUCCAAUAAAAAUUCAUUGCAUAUAUCGGAUUUUUUAUAACGGAUUUCGCCUAUUUCGGACAAAAUCUCCAGUCCCGUUCCAAUGCAUUUCCAUUAAAUUUCCCUCGCAUAUAUCGGAUGGCCGCAUCGUGGCGCUCCGAUUCGCCGAAUCGUGACAGGCCGCUAUACGACGUCAUUUGCAGCGUUUGCAGCGUUGCCUGCGCGUCCAGGUACAUUGGAAACAUAGUCAAGGAAGUGCCUUUUUAUAACGGAUAAAAUCCGAUUUACGCAUAUAUACCGGAUAUAAAUCCGAUAUAUGCGUAAAACGGACAUUUUCCGGUAUACGCAUAUAACGGAUUUCGCUUAUAUCGGACAAAACCAGU